AUGAGCGCGACCGAAUCACCCUCGGGGACUGAUCAAGUCGCAUCUUCGGCCGCGCGACGCAAAUCCGGACGCGUAUCCAAGCGACCAGCCAGAUUCGCGCCAGGCGCAAGUCCAACCGGCAGCACGAAGCGCAAGCGCGGCGACGACAACGACAGCGGAGUCGACGCGACGGAGCCGCCGUCUGAUGAUGAGUCUGAGGAGAGCAGCGAAGACGAGCCAGAUGAGGAGGAACUGAAAGAGCGCAGGCGCAGGAACAAGGCCAAGGCUUCUGCGCGCAAACCCGCAUCCAAGAAGGCAAAGACAAACGGCGAGAGUGUCAGUCUCGCGAUUCGGCCCGCCAGCAAUGCGACCAAGAAGACGUCUAAGCGGCCGCGAAAGGCGCCUGUGCGCAAGAGCGCGCUGCCCGAUGAGACCGAAGGACUAUAUGCCGAUGUGUUUGCCAGCGGAGACCGACUCGAGGAUGUCGCUGCACGAUGGGUCGCGCGCUUCAACGAGCAUGAAGCAAAAGCUGUGGCUGAGAUCGUCAACCUGGUGCUGCAAGCUUCAGGCUGCGAUCUGCGGAUAAAUGAAGACGACAUAGCAGAUCCAGACAACGCGCCAAACCGCGUAGCCGAGAUUCAAGAAGAAUUCCAGCAGUACGAAGUCACAGAGUACCCGCUGAUUGCCAAGGCCAAAGACGGCGGAGGCAAUGCUUUCAGGAACGCGCUACAGGGCUUCUUCAUCACUCUCAUACAAACCGCUGCGCAGUCAGGCCUCCUGUAUGAGAGCGCAGAGCUUAUCGAGAACAUCUCGGUGUGGCUGGGCGCCAUGUCCUCGACCGGCAACCGUCCCUUCCGUCACACAAGCACGGUUGCUUCGUUAGCCAUCACGACUGCACUAGCCCAAGUUGCCGCAGAUCUCGUCGAGAACACAGCAAAGCGCGUUCGUCAAAGCGAAGCGGAAGCCAAGAAGUCUAGAGUCAACAAAGCACGUGUCUCCGCGGCGGACCACGAGAUAGAAGAGUACAACCAGAAGCUAGAGUUUGUGGGAGGGCAGCUAGAUGAUUGGUUCGCCGCAGUCUAUGUCCAUCGUUAUCGCGACGUGGAUCCUAAGAUUAGGGUAGACAGUGUGGUAGCGCUGGCAGACUGGAUCAUCGCAUACCCCGACAAAUUCUUCGAUGGCACGAAACUUCGCUACCUGGGCUGGGUUCUCUCAGAUCCAAAUCCAUCGACACGCAUAGAGGUGCUCCACCAGCUCGCGCGACUCUUCAAAGAUGAAAGUAAAUUGGCGGGGCUGAAGACCUUCACGGAACGCUUUCGACCACGUAUUGUUGAGAUGGCCACGCACGACGCCGAGGUCAAUGUGCGUGCUGCGGCCGUAGACUUGCUCGACAUUCUUCGCGAGGCAGGCUUCCUAGAGCCUGAUGACAUCGAUUCCGUCGGUAAACUCAUCUUCGACUCCGAUGCAAAGGUCCGCAAGGCUGUGGUAGGCUUCUUCGCUGAGAACGUCAACGCCGCAUAUGAGGCCACCGUAGAAGACAUGGGAGGCGAAGAAGCUCUCAAUGAAGCCUUGGCGCCAGCCGACGAAGAGGAGGAAGAAUACCACAACCCCCGGCUGGAAUGGCUGAAAUUGAAAUGCCUCGUCGAUCAGCUGCUCUCAUACGAUGAAGACGAGGUUGAGCUCCCUUCACAGAUCCAACGCAUGUCUCCUGGCACAGAAUUGGAGCUGAUUGCCAAAGGAAUUGAGACUCGCUGCUCGCUCGCGGCUCAAGCGCUGUACGACGUUGUUCCCGAAAUUCGAUCAUGGGAGGUUGUAGCUGGCUAUCUCCUCUACGACCAUUCUCAGACUGCGCAGGACGAGAACGAGGAUCCCGAAAUCAUGCUUCGCCAAACAUGUCGGCUCGAAGAGAAGCACGAGACUGUUCUCCUGGACAUUCUGAGUGCUGUGGUCCGUAUUCGGCUACAGCGCUUCGCAGACAUGCAGAAAGAUAAGAAGAAGACCAAGACGCAGCGCGAGAGCGACAAGGAAGAGCAGUCAGACAUGGCUCGGCGGCUUUCCUUGCUCAUUCCUCAGCUUCUGAAGAAGUUCGGCGCCUUACCCGAAACUGCAGCAUUGUGUCUUCAAUUGGAGCGUGAGCUCAACCUCGAUGUAUUUGAGGAGUUACGGCAGAAUGCUGCUCUUGCAACCCUGCUUGACGACAUCAACAAACAGUUCCUCACCCAUCACAACGAGCGCGUCCUUGGAGAAGCUAUCAAGUCUAUACUCCACGCCCAAGAGAGCGAGGAGUUACGAGAAACCGUGGAUCUCAAGGUGCAAGCGCUUUGGGAUGACCUGAUCAACACGUUCGACGCGCUCCGACGAGACAAGGAUUUCUCCGUGCGAGGUAAUCUUGAUGAGAAUGUUCUUCGUGGGGUAUCCAAUGUCGUACUGAAGAUGUCGCAACUAGCAGUUGUCUCGAACGCUAUUUUGCUUGAACAGAUUGUUACUCCUGCAAAGUCGAAAGGCAAGGGGAAGAAAGCCGCCCUGAACACGCCACCCGUCGACUCAGUACUGCAGAUAAUCGAGCGCGGAGUAGUGGUCGAUGAGGCAGACGCAGAAGUUGAGGAGGCAGACGACACUCUUGUCAGCCAUGCAAUCUACUUAAUGUUCGGAUACUUCAUGUGGAAGUGCAAGGCUUGCACUAUUCAUGUUGAAGAAGGUACCAGCAUGCCUGAAGACGAACUCAUGGCCUUGGUCGAGCGAAGAGAUAACUGCGUCACAUUACUGAUGAAAAUCAUGGAGGGUCGAAAAGGCACAUCAGAAGUACGACUAAACGCGACGAACCUUUUCCUAGACAUACACACCAUGUUUUGCAACCUCAGGGUCAAGAAGGAGAGGAUGGUGAAGACGCCCAAGAAGACGCAGGGUCGCGGCUCAAAUGCAGCCAACGACGACUGGGAAGCUCUCUGUCGCGACAUCGAUGGCAACACUACGAAACUCAUCCUCCAGAUCCUUACGACUUGGGAGAACUAUCUGGCCAAGCUCACUCACAAGCGCCUAGAAGAGCCAGACAUUGAUGAUGAACCUAUCGAUCCGGACGACGAGCCUGAAAGUGACGAAGAAGAUGCUGCGGACGAGCAUGGUGUAUCCGAAAAGCAAGUGCGCGCCCUUCUAGUAGACGAUCAGUUCUGCCGGUUCGGCGCCCGCAUUGUACAGGCAAUACAUGCCGGAGCCCUCGACAGCGAUGGUUCAGACGCAGUGCGCAAGCGUCUCGAGCGUAACAGAUCGAAGCUCACGCCAACCUGGAGAGAGGUUGUGAACCAUCUCGAUGCCUCCAAACUGCGCAAAGUCACUAAGAAGAUAUCAAAGCCGGCUAAGCCGAAUGCCACAUCGGCUAAGAGCGCAGAAGUAGUUGAGCUAGAUAGCGACGAUGAAGAAGAGCAGGAGCACGAACAGGAGGUUCCUGGUGACGGGAUUGAGGAUGAAGAGAUGGCUGAUGGCGAUGCCGAGCAGACUAAUGGUGUGGAGCCAAUUGCGAAUGGUGAAGAAGAUGCCGAAGUUAAUGGUGACGAGGAGAGCAUUCUCGGCGAUUGA